GAGGUGUGAUGGCAUCCUGCUCGGUUCAAAACCCACACGGGGAAGCCAUGUUCAAGGUGUAUCUGUGGGUCAAAGGUAGAGACUCCAGUAAAUGGACAGUAGGAUUGCUCACGGCUGGGAUCAUGUUGAGUGUUUUCCUGGCUGGAAUAUUCAUCUUCAUCUGUGUGAGAAAGAGAAAGACAGCGAUGGAGGAGAGAGUUUCAGGGACCAGUGACAUUGCAUUGACCCCCAGUCCACUCUCUGUGAAGCACCAGGGUAAACAGAACGUGCUGAUUACUGAGCCCCAGAGCACAAACAGAGACACAACUGGCGAGGGGGAGACCCCAGCUCCCCGGGGUCUCUCUGAAGGUGCAGUGGGAGGCGAUGCUGGACGUGGGAACACCGAUAAACCUGAAGAGUUUCUCUACGCCAAUCCCCAAGUCUUGAGGAUGUCCAGUGGUGAUGGGUCUGUCCACAGGGAAGAGGAGACAGAAUACGCACAGAUCAGGAGAAAGACAGCGAUGAAGGAGAGAGUUUUAGGGACUAGUGACAUCGCAUUGACCCCCAGUUCACUCUCUGUGAAGCACCAGCGUAAACAGAACGUGCUGAUUACUGAGCCCCGGGACACAUCCAGAGACACAACUAGAGAGGGGGAGACCCCAGCUCCCCGGGAGCUCUCUGAAGGUCCAGUGGGAGGCGAUGCUGGACAUGGGAACCCCGACAAACCAGACGAGCUUCUCUACGCCAACAUCAACUUUUCAAAGCUGCCCAGCGGUGACAGGACUGUGCAGAGGAGCGAGGACACGGAAUACGCACAGAUCAGAUUCCAGAAAAAAAGAGUGUGAAACAGGGACCGAGGCUGUGAGGUGUGUGCAGCCAACAUGGCCAAAUAGUAAUGAACAGAAAUAUGAUGUUGCUCAACUUUUUUUUUAUCUGUUCUGAGUGAGCUUUCUGAAUGCUGCACCUUUUUCCAUGCUGUAAAAGAUUGUGAGAAGCUUAUGAAUUAUGUAUAAUUUUACAUCUGUUCAUACAAGGUGAGGUGAGAGUGACUGCCUUUGACAUCAAGGCUGCAUUUGACCGAGUGUGCCAUCUGGGAUCCCGAGCAAACCUGGAGUCAACAGGAAUCAGGGGUGGGACGAAAGUAUAAUAAUUUACAUAAUAUUGUCCUGUUUUGUUGUAAACUAGGUUUCUGGGUGUGAGUGUAGAUGGGUCUGUCUGUGUGGCUUAAUUAUAUCUGGAGUCAGGUAGACUGCAAGUUU